GGAAUAUUUUUAUUCACAGUUUAAGCCGCAACCAGUCUUCUGCAAGCAGUUUCACGAAGGCAACUAUAUAUUUUGAAAAAAAAAAGCGGUGCGCUUUGUAAAUAUACAUAUUCAUAUCAACCAAGCUAUGUUCUUCGCUAACCAGGCGUCCCAGGUGCUGCGCGAGGGCGCGUCCGAGGAGAAAGGCGAGCGUGCGCGCCUCAUGAACAUCAUGGGUGCGAUCUCGGUUGCCGACAUUGUCAAGACGACGUUGGGCCCCAAGGGCAUGGACAAGAUCCUGCAAGGUAUGGACCGCACCCAAUCUGUGCGUGUCACAAACGAUGGCGCGACCAUCCUGAAAUCCUUAUUCAUGGAUAACCCAGCCGCGAAGAUUCUCAUCGAUAUGAGCAAGACACAGGACGACGAAGUUGGUGAUGGCACGACCAGCGUCACCGUAUUUGCGGGCGAGCUUCUCCGCAAUGCUGAGAAGCUUCUCGACCAGUCGAUCCACCCCCAAACUAUUAUUGAGGGGUACCGCAUGGCUGCUACUGCGGCGCAGAAAGCGCUCGCUGACUCCGCGGAGGAUCACGGAAAGGAUGAGGAGCUUUUCUACGAAGAUUUGACUCGGAUUGCCAAGACGACACUGAGCUCGAAGAUUAUCACCGUCGAGUCAGACCACUUUGCAAAACUCUGUGUAGAUGCUGUUCUGCGUCUGAAAGGAAGCGGCAAUCUCGAGAUGAUCAACAUCAUGAAGAAGCUCGGCGGCAUUCUUCGUGACAGCUACCUGGAACCUGGCUUCCUGCUGGACAAGCGGAUCGGCAUUGGCCAGCCUCGCCACCUUGAGAACGCCAAGAUCCUUGUGGCGAACACGCCCAUGGACACGGACAAAAUUAAGAUUUUUGGCGCGAAGGUGAAUGUUGAUAGCGUUUCGGAGUUGGCCCAGGUGGAGGCGUCGGAAAAGGCGAAGAUGAAGGCGAAGUGCAUGCAGAUCAUAAAGCACGAUAUCAACUGCUUCAUCAACCGUCAGCUCAUCUACAACUACCCUGAGGAAAUUUUUGCGCAGCACGGCAUCAUGGCUAUCGAGCACGCUGACUUCGAGGGUAUUGAGCGUCUCGCGAAGGCUUUGGGCGCUGACGUCGUCUCCACCUUCGACGACAGCUCGAACAUCCAGUACGGCUUUGCGGAGAAGAUUGACGAGGUGAUGAUUGGAGAGGGUACUGUGAUCCGCUUCUCGGGCCUUCCCAAAGGUGAGGCGUGCACGAUUGUGCUACGGGGAGGCUCGCGCCACAUCCUUGACGAGGCCGAACGCUCAAUCCACGACGCCAUCUGUGUUAUUUCCCAGACUGUCAAAGAGACCCGCACGGUGCUCGGCGCCGGCUGCUCCGAAUUCCUCAUGGCCAAUGCUGUUGAGGAAACCGCUAAGACUAUCGCUGGAAAGAAGCAACUCGCGAUGAUGGCAUUUGCCGCGGCGCUCCGCACUCUCCCCGCCAUCAUCGCUGAUAACGCCGGUCUUGAUAGCAACGACCUCGUUACGCGUCUACAGGCUGAGCACUACCAAGGCCACAAAACGUUUGGCAUUGAUGUGAUUCUCGGAGACAUUGCAGACGUGAAGGCUCUCGGCAUCACGGAGUCGUACAAGGUGAAGAGCUCCGUGGUCGCCUAUGCCUCCGAGGCUGCUGAGAUGAUCCUGCGUGUGGACGAUGUCUUGCGCGCCGUGCCGCGCCAGCGAACGCAAUAA